CGUCAUCUUCUCAUACACAUAUAACACAGCUACUGUGAGACUGUUCAAAGACAACUCUAAAAGAGGUUUGCUGUAGCAACUCCACAACAAUAUGGUCUCGAAAGGCAAUGGUGAAAAUGAUCAAGACUGAGUUCUUAGAGUUUUGAAAAUGGAAGCACCAGGAGAAACACUGUCAUCAAGACUGAUUUCUCUAUUUAAGAACGGACAAUGGGGAGAAGAUGAUGUUGUUAAGUUGUUUAAAGCCCUUGUGGAACAUUUUAAUAUCAGGAAUGACAUCCAUGAUUUUUACACAUGGGUGAUGAAAAUCCUGCAUCAAGUGGAAAUUCACAGGAUCUCAGCAUCAGAUUUGACAUUUUUAAAUGAAACUGUGGAUGAUGAGGCUACAAUUGAGGCUGUAAUUAAUGGCAUAGCUGAAAACACCAAAGAGAAAUUACUGGAAGAGAUUGUAGAGGAAAUCUGUCAACAAGCAGAUAUUGAUGACCAAAUGAUGGUAGAAGUGAAGGAUAUUGUGUCAACUGUGAAUGACAGUCUAUCAGCUUCUACAGCUCCACAUCUACAAGCCAAAAAGGGCAUUUUGUUCAAGAUCUGCAAAGCCGUGGAAAAGACAAAGAACUAUAAACCUCGAGUGACUCAGAUGGUGAGCUGGUGUAUUCUUGUUCUCUCUAAAUCAAGUCGGCUCGUUCAGGUUUUAACAGGAGAAGGAAAGUCAUGCAUCGUGGCAAUGUUUGCUGCAUAUCAGGUUAUGAUAGAGAAAAAAAACCCUGAUAUCAUCUCAAGUUCUCCUGUACUUGCUGAAAGAGAUGCUGAAGAAUGGUCUCCAUUUUAUAAGGAACUAGAUAUAACGGUUGAUGUCAACACUAACAAAUCGAAAGAUGAAGACCUCAAGAAGUGCUAUGAAUGUCAGGUGGUCUACGGAACUACUCAGGAUUUUGCCGGUGAUUUUUUGCGCCAGCGCUUCCACAGAAGAGAUGUGAGACCUGAGAGAAGUUUUCAGUGUGUGAUAGUGGAUGAGGUGGACUCACUUAUGCUGGAUAAAGGUCUUGAAGUGGUCUACUUGAAUAGUAAGGUUCCUCUCAUGGAAAGUUUGAAUGGAAUUCUGGCUGAAAUUUGGUCAAUGGUCAAUCAACUGAAACGUUUAGAGUCUGGAGAGAUUUUAGGCCCUAUUCAGCUAUUCUCUGAGGUCCUGUCUGAAAUCAUGCAUGAAAAUAAAAACAUUGAUCAACAUAGUAUAAUGCAGUUGGUUGUGGAUGCAGGAAUUUAUUCAAUGCCAACAAAAUUCAGAAUAGAGAUGAAGGAAAAUGUAUCAAACAUUUUAAAAAGGCUAGAUAAUGCAAGUGUUGUCCAAAUUGUGGCAUUUUUAACCUUGUUUGAUGUUAACUUUCCAGAGCAUAACUUUAAUCUAUACCAACAAUGCCUUGAUGGGUCUUUACAUAAACUGAAUGCUAUAAGUCGCCAAAGUACAAAUGAAAGACAAGAAAUAUCUCUUCUUCUUCUGGAAAGUGGACAAUGUCGUAUUGUCUAUUUCAAGGAGGACCCACUUGUUAUAUCAAUAGAAAAAAGCAUUAAAAGGCGUUAUGAGUCAAAAGAGGAACAAAUUGAAUCUUUUAUCCCAGGCCACCAUGGUCUCAUUAAUGGUAAGAUACAAAUUUGGAUAAAAAAUGCUCUACUAGCUAAAAAAAUGACUUUGGGUCAUGAAUUUAUUCUUCAUAAAGAUGGAGUCGUUCCUGUUGAUUACAAAUGCACUGGCGUUGUGCAGAAUGACAUGACAUGGGGGGAAGGCCUUCAGCAGUUUCUGGAGAUGAAACACCAAACGAAACUUUCCAACAUGAGCCUAAUCACAAACUUCAUGUCUAAUGUGGGUUUAUUUAAAAACUACUCAAACCAGAUCUAUGGAAUCACAGGAACUGUGGGUGACCAAACAGAGCUUGACAUGCUGAGGAAGCUCUACAAUGGCAUUAAGACCUGUAAGAUUCCCUCAUUUAGACGAAGGAAACUUUAUGAGCUGGAAGGCAUGGUGAUACCUGAAGAGGACGAAUGGAUCAGGAAUGUCUGUAUUGUCGCUCAGAAUCAAGUGACCCCCACAGUCUAUCGAGGUCCACGAGCAGCUCUCAUCAUCUGUGAAACCAUCAAUCAUGCAGAAAUGUUCCACCAGACUCUUGCAAACACCAUCUCAAAACACAAACUAAAACUCUACGUGAAUAACAACAUGGAUAACUCUAUAAUAACAAAUUCUACCAUUCAAGAGGGGGACGUCAUCAUUGCAACUAAUCUUGCAGGUCGAGGUACAGAUCUAAAAGUCUGUGAAAGUGUAAACAAGGCCGGAGGUCUGUUUGUGCUGCAAACCUUCUUACCUCUGAAUGUCCGAGUUGAACAGCAAGCCUUCGGACGAACCGCUCGCCAAGGGAGUCCAGGAUCCGCUCAGCUUAUCAUGUGCGCCAAACAUUUUUCUGAUUCUGUGAAACUAGUGAUGGAUUUAAACACAUCUGUCACCAGCUUACUCGGUCGCUUGAACUGUCUUACAUCUAUACUGUUGUCAUGUGAUUCCACAGAUAAUUUGUUUGAGGAUACACUUAAUUAUUACCUGGAUAAUCGCAGCUUGCAUUAUAAUGGGGCAAUGGUCUCUGCCCUAACAGAGCUCUUAACCAUGAAAUCCCUUUCAUCACAAAACUGGAAUCUGAAAAUGGCAAAAGAUGCCAGAAAUACUUUGGUGAAAAUCAGACUCUCAAGCUUUCUUGAAAAAGACAUUCCAAAAAACACAAAAGAGGAAGAGCUUUUUUCUGUUUACCUUGAUUUUUUGGACAAAGUUUAUGACGAUGAUGUUUUCUCUGACCAGCGUGAUGUAAUUGUGUCCUCUCUUCAUGAGUGCUGGGGUUUGUGGCUCAUGAUGAACUUCAGUGACGAAAAGCCCAUCGGGACACUGAAGGAACAGCUGAAGGUGGACUUGUCAAAUGCAAAGAAAACUCUUUUGAGUAAACAGUCCCCAUCAUCCAUGGUCUACUUUUGCAUCAGGUCUGGAAACAAUCUCCGUGAGAAGGGAUGUCUUUCUGAGAGCAUUGAGAUGUACACCAAAGCUCUGGAAAAAGAUGCAUCUGGAGAGAUUAUUCCUUUCUAUAAUCGUGCACUGGCCACUAUUAAGAAGAAAGACACUGGCUACAUUGCUAAAGCGCUGACUGAUCUGAAAAGGGCUGACAAUGCAAUAGAUUCAUAUAAGUUACAUCUGGCAACAGUUUGGACUCAUGUCAAAUCAUCAAUGCAAGAGCCAAAAAUGGAAGGCGAUGCUUUACUCACCAAACAGUUUCGAAUGAAGUGUAUGAUUGUAGACCUACUUAAGAUGAACAUUCAAGACUGUGUAAUGAAGCUGAAGAGCGCUGAAAGCAGAAGAGGGGAAGUAAGACUUUCUGAAAAACAUACAAUUUUUCUUUCAGAAGACUUCAUGCAGUGGGCUAUAAGAAGAACAGGUAUCAGCCUGGCUGAAAUCAUUGCACUUUCUCUGAUAAAUGCCUUUAAAACGAGGGCUGAAAUCAAACAAGAAGAUUUGAACCUGACUGAAAAUUUUGCUAAAUUUUGGGCAGAACACUUUGUGCAGAGGGCUGAAAACAGAGAAAGAGAUGUGGACCAGCCUGAAAGAGAUUCUGGUAGAAGGUCUUCUUCAUUUCUGCCUGAUAACUUUCAGGCAGAAGACCUUAUUCAGAGUUCUGUGAGAGUUUUGAUAGAGCUGCUAAUGGAAUUUGAACAUAUCAUGUUUUUAGGUCUUGACACCAUUUUCUGUUUGGAGGUCAUACUUCCUCACAGUGGCUUUUUUUCAAAGCUAUUUAAUCUCUUUUGAAUUGUGACAGUUCUUGGCCCUGUGCAGUGACAUGCACAGGGCCUGUCGUGGAUAUAAAGUGACAGGUGACUAGAUGAUUUAAAGCCAAUAGUUCAUGUUUUUGUUUUGUAAUUUAAAAGACUAUAAUAAUGAUAUAUCUAAGACUAAUGAAAAUGUGUAUCAUGAUGCGGUAUAAUUUUACAAUUUGCUUAUUAAACACACGUACAUUGUAAAAUAUGAAUUUGUUUUUACAAAUUGAGUGCAAUAUAAUUUUCCAGUAAUUUUACACUUUUUUAUUUAAAAAGUUUCAUAAAACGACAUGCAUUUACGUGAAAUUCACAUUUUUUCCAGUUCUUUUACAAAUUAUAUACUGUAUGUUACUGAAAAACACUAUAUAGCCAUUUUGCCACACUUCAUUCUAAACCAACAUCAGAUGUCACUUUUUGCCACCUCUGAGAAGUAUGCAAACUUUCAUGUCUCCUGUGACCUUCAGUUGGUGUUUCAAGUAAUGUUUAGGUUGACUUUUUAUUUGUUAACUAUUUAAAUACAAUUUCUAUUCAUUUUGUUCAUUGAAGACACGUUUUCUUUUGUGGGUUAUGUUAUUGAAUAAAAGCUCUGC